AUGCCGCUGAAAGACAAAGAUAUUGAAGCUCAUCUUCAAAGCCUGUUGUCAUCAGAAGGUGAGGAUACUGACGAUGAUGAAUUAAAUGAAGAUUUUUCUGACAUCUUGAAUAAAAGGCUAGAUAGGAUACAAAAUAUCACUACUGAAGAGCUCCUAGAUAUACUUAGUAAUAAAAACGAAGCAUCAUCUCAUUCCUCUGCUGAGCCUGUAACUGAAACAGGUCAAGAAAGUCAAAUAAUACAACCUGAGAACCUGGGGAUUGAAGGUUAUAAUACACCAACUAGCACAGUUGCCAAUAUUUUUGUUGCACCACCAUCUCCAGUUCAACCAUCAUCUCCAGUUCGACAACCAUCUCCGUUUCGACCACCAUCUCUAGUUCAACCAUCAUAUCCAGUUCAACCACCAUCUCCAGUUCAUCCAUUAUCUCCUCCAGUUAGUGAUAUUGUCACCUAUACUCAAUUGAUCCAAAAAGACAGAUCUUGGUCAACUAAUAUUGAAAAUCAAGCAUUUCCAGUCUUUGAAACUAAAGCUAGACCUACCACUUCUUAUAAUAACAGACAUUUGCCUAUAGAUUACUUUGAACACAUGUUUACAUCAAACAUAAUUGAUAUUCUGGUGGAAAAUACUAAUCUAUAUGCUAUAAAAAAUCAAUCAAGAAACUGGGUAGAAACAAAUAAUGAAGAAAUGCGUGCCUUGCUUGGUGUUAUUAUAAUGAUGGGCUUAAAUCCAUUGACUGAUGUUGAGCUUUAUUGGUCCACUGAUGAUUUUUACAAUAACCCAGUAAUUAGCCGAGUGAUGACCCUAAAACGUUACAAAAAACUAAUAGAAAACUUUCAUGUGAACAACCCAAACACUGAAUUGGAACGCAGUGAUUCAAAUUAUGAUAAAUUAGCUAAAAUCAGACCAUUGAUUGGAAUUCUAAACCAUAAUUUUUCAAGCAUGUGUACUCAAUCUUCAUCACAAAGCAUAGAUGAGAGCAUGGUAAAGUUCAAGGGUCGAAGUAGCAUGAAACAGUACAUGCCAAACAAACCAAUCAAACGAGGGUACAAAAUUUGGGCACGCUGUGACUCUGAGUCUGGAUACCUAUACUCAUUUGAUAUUUACACAGGUAAGGCCACUUCAACAGAUGAAAAUUCUGGUGGUCUUGGAUACAGAGUGGUAAUGGAUCUAUGUAGAAAUGUCCAACCAUACACAUUAAUGGCAUUCGAUAAUUUUUUUACUAGUUUGCCUCUUCUGGAGAUGCUCCAUCACAAAAAUAUAUAUGCUGUGGGUACAAUCCGAGUCAACCGAAAAGGCCUUCCAGCUGAAAUAACUGUAAAGAGGGGAACAAGAGACCAAAUGUGCCUAAAACCAGGAGAAUUUAUGUUUCAACAUGCUGCUCCUAUAUCAGUAAUCAAAUGGAUGGAUACUAAAGAUGUGUAUGUUGCUACUACUGCAUUUGAUCCAAAAAGGGUACAAAUCAUAAAACGCAAACAGAAAGAUGGAACAAAAAAAAACAUGUUUUGUCCUUUGGCCAUUGUAGAAUACGUAAAAAAUAUGGGGGGAGUUGAUCGCUUUGACCACUUCAGGAGCUCUUACUCUAUAGGCCGCAAGUCAAAGAAAAGCUGGUUCCGCCUGUUUUGGUUCCUGUUUGAAGCUGCUCUUAUAAAUGCCUACAUACUCUACAGCCAGGGCCACGUCAUGCGCAAUAGUAGUCAUCGCCAAUUUCGUUUACGUGUUGCCAGGGGCCUAGUCAACAACUUUAGUUCCCGCAAGGCAUGUUCCACCAUAUUAAAAAAUAAGAAAGGAGGUGUCUACAAAAUUUCGGAUGAGGUGCGACUGGCCAAAGUCGGUGUACACAUGCCACGAGCUGGAACUAAACGGCGUUGCCGUUUCUGCAGCACUAGAACUAAUCCCAAGCGGUCUAAAAUAGAGUGCAGUUCAUGCAAAGUUCCACUAUGCAUAUCACCAUGUUUUGAAAGGUUUCAUUUACCCUAUGUGCCUCAUAAUUUGUAA